AUGACUCGCAACAACCUUUCCGAGCACCUGUCCUGGCUGUUGAACGACCAAGCCCGCUUCAAGCCUGCAACACCAACUUUUCCUAGUUGCAGUGACGCUUCUCAGACCGGCUCGUCCCAAUCGCAACGCUCGGACUCGCAGGGACGACAGACUCUUCAGUCUGGGCCGCUGGCUCAGCCAGGGGACAGAACAAACACAAACUACGACGCGUCGACUUCAUCCAAUGGACUGGGCGGGCCUGGUGGAUUGCGGAAUACGGACCAGGUGAUACUGGAGGACGACACCAUGGCCCGUCUCAUGUCGAGCUCCAAGUCCAAGAAGCCCAGCUUGGUUUCCAGACCCCAACAGCUUCUUACCCCUUCUUCCAUCACCCCCAAUCGCCUCAGUCGACAAGACACUCCUGUCGGUCAGACCAACAAUGGUAACAAGCUAUCUGGCUUGCCGCCACUGAAGACGCCCGCCCCGUCCCGACCUCGAUCACGCAGCCCCGACUUUCCAGAGCUCAAGCCCAAUGAGAUCGAGUACAUGGACCUGACCGAUGAUGUCCUUGCCUCCUCCGACUCACUGUCGUUUGGCAGCGAUGUGAAACUCUGGCGUGAAGAUUAUGCGUCUCGGCCGGAACCAGAACAACCUGUGUCUAGUGGGAGGAAGCGGAAGAGCAACGAGAUCAGCAAAGAAGAAUUCAGCGACUUGGGUGAUUUUCCAGAUGUCUAUGAGCUUCUUGGUACCGACCCCCCUGCCCCAAGCCCUGGAAGCCGAUCAGGGACACGUCGGAAGGAUGGCUCACGCAGCACUCGCACACGUCGAACCCGCGAUGGCUUCAAGAACCCUUCGUCGGCCGAGAUCCCUCCAAUCAGCGAGGAGGACCAGGAGAUCCUACGGUCGCCUUCAAGACAGGUGCGCAGUCAGCUGGCUCGUGAGGGAUCCCCUCGGGCUGUACCAAUCAUCUUCGAGUCUCGACUUGGCACCAAGAGAGCGACGAGUCCCCUGAAGGAUUCCCAGACCUUUGAGGAUUCCGAACCGGCACGCCAGGCCAAGUCUCUUCCUCCCCGAAUGCAGAUGGACCCAGAUGAACUCGUUAUCCCCGACUCGGAUGAAGAGUUCAUGACGCCACCCUCUCAUAACAGCUCCUUAGCUACACUCAAGGCCUCCACUGUUAAGACACGCCUCACCUCACCUGAGGCGCAGCCCGUACCAGCUUCUCUCCCUGCAGCCCAUGUUAGCUCUCAGUCGUCCUCCCAGCGCCAGGCCUCCCCUGUGACAACUACUUCCAAAGCAUCCGCGCCCGCGACGACCAGCUCACAGACUACCAGAGGAGCUCCUGAUGCUUCUUAUGAUGAAAUUUCUUCCGGCGAAGCCCCUCCCCGAUCGAGCCAAGCUCCUGCUUUCCUUGCCCAGCUGGCAUCAGACUCAUCAACCCUGGCUAAAUGGAGCGAGUUUGUUGAUAGGCUCAUCCAGCAAAACGACAAGAACUUCAUGCGAGCAAUCAACGAGCGAUGGCCGAGAGAGAAGCGGAGUGAGGUCAAGUCAGAGAAGGAGCGGCUUAGACGGCAGCAGAAAGCCAUCAAAGAACUUGGGGGCCCCGCCGAGGAGUACAGAGGACUUUGUGGGAAACGAGAAGAGCUUGCCCAGCAGAUUGCUCAAGCUUACGCUGAGGGUAUCGAUACAGACGAGGAUGAAGUUCGACUUGAUGAUCUCACAGAUGAGAUUCAAGAGGUUGAAGAAGCUCUCCUCAAAACUAUCGAUGGCUCCAGACUGGACGUUGCUGGUUUCCUGGCAAGUGUCCAACAGCCCCCUGCUCCCACACCGGUUGUUGUAAUGGGCACCCAACCCAUCUUUCAAAGCAGCGUCAACAUGUCAAUGCCGUCGAGGGAUACUAUACCGGCAAGCGAGACAGGGACGCAAGUGGUCCAUCAGACCCAAUUACCCAGAUCCUCUCACUGGAACCCUCCAGGCUCGAGAAUCGAGGCGUCUCAAGUGGCGAGUGUUCUCUCUCAGGACGCUGACACUUCCGCUGUCCCGUUCCCGAGACAGUUCACAAACACUUCGAGACCAACCCCGAGAUCCAUGAUGGUAGACCCUAUACUCGCGGAAGCAGAAGAAGCAGAGUUUGGCGCGGGCGAUGGUUUUUCUGACCUGGACGAGUUUCAGUUCCGGCCAGCGGCUCGGCCUACGACCAACUUGGCCAACACUAGUAGUCGAAGAACCCCUCAGGCGAUGCACCACCGCGCUGGCGAUGAAUUCAGUGACUUCAGCGACGACGAGGAGAUGCUUGCCUUUGCACAGGAUUACGAGACCCGUCAGUCCCAUGCUCCCGUCUCGCAAAACGCGAGGAAGAUCUUCUCGGAGACCUCUGGCAAUGUUGUUCCCAACUCAAAGUCCAGAGUUUCGACAAAGAGAGCCUUACCUUCGGUGGCCCCUGAAUUGAUUCCUGCUGAGCUGAUGAGACAUCCAUGGUCACCCGAUGUCCAGCGGAUGCUCAAGGAUCGGUUUAGAAUGAAGGGGUUCCGCCACAACCAGCUCGAGGCUAUUAAUGCCACGCUGGAGGGCAAGGAUGCCUUUGUCCUGAUGCCAACUGGUGGUGGCAAAUCACUCUGCUAUCAGCUCCCGGCUGUUAUCAAGAGUGGAAGGACUCGAGGUGUUACCAUCGUUGUCUCGCCUCUGCUCAGCUUGAUGCAAGAUCAGGUGGACCACAUGAAAGCCCUGGGCAUACAGGCUGUUGCAUUCAAUGGCGAAUGCUCAGCCCAGUACAAAAGACAAGUGAUGAGUGCCUUUGAUGAGCGGAGCCCCGAGCACUUUAUCGAGCUCUUGUAUGUUACACCAGAGAUGGUCAGCAAGAACGUCGCCUUCAACAAUGGCAUGCGAACACUCCAUAGCAAGGGCAAAUUUGCGCGUCUUGUCAUUGAUGAAGCACACUGUGUCAGUCAGUGGGGUCAUGACUUCCGACCAGACUACAAGACCUUGGGCCAAGUCCGGCAGAGAUAUCCUGGAGUGCCGGUCAUGGCACUCACUGCUACGGCGACGCAGAACGUCAUUGUUGAUAUCAGACACAAUCUUGGGAUGGACAACUGUCAAACGUUUUGCCAGAGCUUCAACCGUCCGAACCUGUACUAUGAGGUUCGUCCAAAGACAACCAAUGACAAGACGAUCGAGGCCAUUGCCUCGCUGGUCCAAUCCAAGUACCCGAAUCAGAGUGGGAUUGUGUAUACCAUCUCGCGGAAGAAUGCAGAGAAGGUUGCAGAGAGUCUUUCGCAACACGGGAUCGCUGCCAGUCACUAUCACGCACACGUUGACCCUCAGGAAAAGGUCGAGGUGCAGAAUGCCUGGCAACGGGGCGAGAUCAAGAUCGUGGUUGCAACAAUCGCGUUCGGAAUGGGCAUCGACAAACCCGAUGUGAGGUUUGUCAUGCAUCAUGGACUUCCAAAGAGUUUGGAAGGUUACUAUCAGGAGACUGGUCGGGCAGGCAGAGACGGCAAACCGUCCGACUGCAUUCUUUUCUACGGCAAGCAGGACAUAAGGGUCCUGAAGAGACUGAUCGCUGAUGGCGACGGAAGUCAUGAACAAAAGGAGAGACAGAUGGCCAUGCUGAACCGCGUCACAGCCUUUUGUGACAACAAAUCCGACUGUCGACGUGCCGAGAUUCUUCGGUACUUUGGCGAGGAGUUUACGGGGGCGCAGUGCAACAAGACCUGCGACAACUGCAAGGCCGGCUUGAUCUUUGAGCAGCAGGACUUUUCAGAGUAUGCCAUUGCUGCCAUCAAGGUUGUCCAGGCGCAGAACAGAAUCACCCCGGCGCAGUGUGCUGACAUUCUCAUGGGGAAGAAAUACCCCCAGUAUGAGGCACAACUCUCAGACAACUGGCAUGGCAUGGCAAAGGGCCUUAAGAAGCACGAGCUGAUCCGAGUCAUCGACAAGCUAUCGGCCGAGAAGGCCUUCCACGAAGACAACCAGGUCGGCAACCAUGGCAUGGCAAUCCAGUAUCUGCGGCUCGGAUCGACGUACCGUUUGUUUCUUGCAGGACAACGGAAGCUGAUGCUGUCGAUCCAAGUGCCGGAAGAGGGCGCGUCUAACAAGGCGGCCAAGCCCCGGUCAAAGAAAGCCAGCAAGAAGUCAAAGGAUCAGGAUGUCAUGAUGCCAUCAACCUACGUGUCUUCGCCUGUUGAUCGACGGAGAAAGAAGUCGCGUGUUGUGGAAAGUGAUGACGAGGAUGAAGAAGCAGUCAUGCCAAGCCGAUAUGCUAAUGGUGGAUUCUUGGACGACGACGACGACGAUGAUGGGGAAGCCUUUGAUGAGCUGCCAAGCCAUCGACCAUCGAGGCCUCCCUCUCGACAACCUGGGACUUCGAUUUCGAUGAGAACCGAGUUGGAGGACUUGGACGAAAUACACCGAGAUAUUGUCGACGGGUUUGUCCAAGAGGCAAAGAAAGUAGACGAGCAGAUCCGCAACAAGAAAGAGAUGAGAAAGCCACUCUUCACUGAGAGGGACUUCCAGCUCAUGGCCAUUCACUGGACCACUUCAAUCCCCAUGAUGAAGAAGAUCCCCGGUAUCGACCCCGACAAAGUCAAGGAGCACGGGCCCAAGAUCCUCCGCAUCUUGCAACGACACUACAACGGGUACUGCGAGAUUAUGGAUCCUGGCAAGUCUGGUGCCAAUGGCCAAGAGAUCGUGGAUCUGAUUAGCUCUGAAGUCGAGAUGGACGAGGAAGACGAGGACGGCGAGGACUCACAUUACUUCGGUGCCAACCAACCCGCGGCCGUCCAGGAGUGGCAUAGCAGACUCGAGAAUCUUGGCAGCCAGGCUGGCCCGAGCAAACCUAAGUCGUACAGCAAGAGUGGAGGCGGCAACAAACGAUACUCCGGGGGUGGCAAGAAAUGGGCCAGCAAGAAGUCGACAGGCGGAGUGACGAAGCGCAAGAGCACCGGUACUACUCGCAAGGCCAGCGGGACCUCGACUGCUGCCAAGGCCACCAGCAGCGCGGCAAAGACGGCCAGCAAGCCGCAGCAGCGAAAGAGCGGCAUCAAGGCGAUGCCGGCGUAA